UCAAAUGUACCCAUGCACAGGGGAAUGGUGGGAGGUCAGAUACAGAAGCUAUCAGAUAUUCUCAUGCAGAACAAUCUGUGCAGUGUUGCAGUCCAUGAAUUUACGGCUUGUUUGUGAAAUGGAUGGGGAAAACGGUAAAUGAAUUGCACCUUGUCCCAAGUAAAUAUUUAUGAAUGGGCAGAAACAGGGGCAUCAUUGUUGUCACCCCACCCAUGGUAUUUGAGAUCCCCCUGACGUUUGAAAAAACCCAAAGUUACAUAGUGUCAGCCAAUGAGAGGUGAAUCACUGCAGGAGCAAACAGUGAGCAAACAGUGAGCCUGUAUAUAGUGAACUGCCCACAGUGCGUUGGGCUCCUGUGUCAAUGUUAAAAGGUGUGCUCUUUUUCUUUUGUCGGAAUUUAGUGCAGACAUGGCGCGUCUGGUUCUCCCCAUCUUUUUGGUUAUCUCUCUUACCUUGCUCCACCAGGGAUAUAGCCAUCCAUCUCGUACCAGGAAAGCAGUGCCAGCACCACAGAGAGAUGCAGCGGCAGAUGAGGAUGAUGUAAAGUUGCAGCUGGAGAAGCUGUGGCAGGAGGUGAACUCCCUGAAGGAGAUCUCGGCUCUGCAGACAGUUUGUCUUCGUGGCAUCAAAGCUCACAGGAAGUGUUACCUGACCAUUGAGGAACCCAAGCACUACCAUGAGGCCAACGAACACUGCAUCGCAUGGGGUGGAACACUUGCCACUCCACGUGACCUCAAUGAAAACAAUGACCUGAGGGACUAUGCCAAGAGGAGUGCGCCAGGUACCAAGGAGUUCUGGAUCGGUGUGACAGACAUUGUGAAGGAGGGCCAGUAUGUAGACGUCAACAGCAUGCCCAUCAGCUACUUCAACUGGGACAAGACCAAGAAGCAGCCCACAGGGACAAAGAGGGAGAGCUGUGUCGUGCUCUCACUGGCUGCACAGGGAAAGUGGCAUGAUGAGGUCUGCCUUGGCAAGAAAAAGUACAUUUGUGAAUACCCCAUUCCCUAACUUGUGUACCACCAUGGAGACCAGAUGGUUGUUGACAACCUGAUGAUCAUUUAUACUCGUCAUUAAAAAAUACAUAGGAAAUGG